GAGUGCACAGCAUCAGUGUAUCACUGAAUGCAGGCCAUCCGUGAAAUACACUGUAGUAACUGAGAUUGAAGAGUUCCUCUUAUCUCCAAAAAAGAGAGACUAAUUUGCUUUUGGAACAAUGUCCUUACAGUUUCCACGUCAAGCUCCAUGGAGGAACAACAAUAUGACUAUGCCACAGAAGGAAAACCCAUUGAGUGAACAAGGAGAGACGGUUAUAGGUAUCUAUCUUCUAAGUUUAGGUUGGAUGUCUUGGUUUGGAAACAGCAUUGUGAUAUUCAUUUUAUAUAAACAGAGGACCAGCUUGCUACCCACAGAUUAUCUCACUUUUAACCUGGCUUUGUCCGAUGCAAGCAUCUCUGUAUUUGGGUACUCUAGGGGAAUAAUAGAAAUUUUCAAUGUGUUCAGAGAUGAUGGCUUCCUUGUUACUUCUAUAUGGACUUGUCAGGUAGAUGGUUUUCUCACACUUCUAUUUGGUCUUGCUAGCAUAAACACACUAACACUUAUCAGUGUAACACGAUACAUUAAAGGUUGUCAUCCACAAAGAGCCAACUGUAUAACCAAUGGGAGCAUCACAAUAUCCCUGGUUUUAAUCUGGAUUGCAGCCCUGUUUUGGUCUAUGGCUCCUUUGCUAGGGUGGGGAAGCUACAGAGACCGUUUGUAUGGGACAUGUGAAAUUGACUGGACCAAGGCCAGCUACUCCACUAUAUACAAGUCAUAUAUUAUAUCCAUAUUCAUUUGCUGUUUCUUCCUGCCUGUAAUGGUCAUGGUCUUUUGCUACGUGUCCAUUAUUAAUACUGUAAAGUCAAGCCGAGCCUUAACAAGUGACGGUGAUCUAACAGACAGACAACGAAAAAUGGAACGCGAUGUAACUCGGGUGUCUAUUGUUAUAUGCACAGCCUUUAUUGUCGCCUGGUCUCCAUAUGCUGUGAUUUCCAUGUGGUCUGCAUGUGGCUACUAUGUUCCCAAUCUAACCAGUAUCCUCGCCAGCCUCUUCGCAAAAUCUGCUAGUUUCUACAAUCCCCUAAUCUAUUUUGGGAUGAGCUCCAAGUUCCGAAAGGAUCUCAACAUCUUACUUCCAUGUACAAAAAACAAUAAGGAUCCUGUCAAACUCAAGCGCUUCAAGCGUCUUAAGCACAAGCAGGAGUCUGUGCCGCACGUCAAAGAGCAGAAAUGUAACACGAGUCCUGUACCACAGCAGUUGAUAACAGCAAGUAAGGAUUCUGGGGUGGGAAGUCCAAGCGAUACUCCACCCCUGGAAAUGAAGGACGUAUGCACCUGUCAAUUGCAUUUGGCAUCUGACAGUCCUAGUUAUGAAUGUGAUCGAUUAUGAGAACGUUAUCAACACAUUUUAGGGCUAUGUUAUCUGACCAUGCUAGA